UAAAGUGAAAUGAGAAGUAAAAGGAAGGAUACCAGUCAUCGUAAAUACGUCCCUGAAGGUUAUAUGCAGUGUGACCUGUCGGUAGGAUAGAAAACAGGUGUUUAUAAUCGGUAGGUUCCGUCCACCGAGCGAGUAAGGCAGGGCUGUGUCUGUAGUGGGAAUCUGCAAGGGGGCGCGCGAUGCUCACCAGGCAGACUUCUUGUUGCUCUAAUUCCCUGGCGAAAUACUACUGUUCGUCGCUGUUUUAUGUUGUGUUUUUGGGGGAAAUAGUAAUGGAGAGUGAAAACAUGUCGUUUUGAUAAUCAAUCAGUAAAGAUUAAAGGUGAAUUUUUGAUAAAGUUAACAUCGUGGUGGUGGAGGGUCGGGCCGGCUUUGUUCGACCGACUGUGUUAGACCCUACGUGGUACGUGCAGGUGUAAUUUAAUAAGGAGCAGCGCAGGGGAGGCUUGACGAUUUAACAGGGAUAUCGAUUUGUCCGCCGAGUGCUGUGCUGGUAACUCCAUCGCAAGACCCAAGAAGAAGGCAGCCAUGGACGUCGAUAUUUUUGGGGCAGAGCUUGCUACAACACCGUGUUGGGUAUGUUGCGUCCGAGCGAGUCCAGAGGCCUGAUCCAGGGCCCGAGAAAUGCGACCCGAGUCGCCCGCCGCCGGCCGAGACUAACGCGGUACGAGAUAACUAGACAAGAGAGAAAGAGACAAAUCUAUAUAUUUCACGUAAUUGCUAAAGCUCAUAAUUAUAAAGCAAUUAUAAAGCCGGCUUUAACACGAUCUCAUUAUUUUAUACUAUUACCGAUCGAAUUAGUCACUUUUUGACGUGACCUGCCGCGUUUUAAGUUUGAAAAUUUUCUAUCAGUGAAGUACCACGUUAAACACGAUGGAUAUCGGCAUUGUUGGUAACCCUACAACGGGGGGUCCAUCCAACCCAGGGGGGGCCUUGGCCUGUCCCGUUUGUACUCUUUAUUUGCGUGAAGGUAUUAGCCUUCAAAGACAUUUGGAUACACAUCCCAAGGAACAGGUCAUAGAGGCACUCAUUAAAGCAAGCUCUCAGACGCAACAACUUCAAUCUUCUAUGUCAAUACCUUCUGUUACUUCUAGUAUACAAUCAUUACAGAAUACACCUCAACAACAUACAAUACAACAACAACAACAACAACAACAGACUACUGCGCAUGUAUCCGCUGCACAGUCACCGUACCCCAUAGGGCCUAUAUUUGAAUGUCCACCCAUUGGUACUAUGAUGCCUCCUCAAUUCGCCUCCUUUAGUUAUCAACAAUUUGUCAAUAAUGGGACCAUGAUGAUACCGCAGUACGCUAUGGCACCACAGACUAAUCAGAUGAUGCAAAUGUUGUAUAAUCCGUAUGGUAUGUAUCAACAACAACAAAUACCUACUGUUCAAAUGAUCUCUCCGGUUGCAGCCAUUCCUAAUACCACUAGGAUGAGACCUGUGGUCAGUAUGUCAGGCGAAACUAAUACCAGGACUACCAUCACAGUACCUGUCAAUAGUUCGGAACCUAAGCAGAUUUUACCUGAAAUAUUGCCGGAACCAGAAGUAGAAAAUGAAAAUGAUCUGCCUGACAUUAAUUUCUCUGCACCGGCCGAAGUAUCCAACAAUAAUACUUCCAUACAACAAGAUGGAAAUGAUAAUAAUAGAAUUCAAUUAGAACAUAGAACGCAACAAAUACAAAAUAAUACUAUUCAGGAUCAAAGUAACGUGCAACACGAAUACAAUUCCAUUCCUAGAUCUUUAACUAUAACUUGUAACAUCGAAAAUGAAGAUGACGACAAUGCCGAAAGCGUACUGCCUGAUAUAGAUGAAAGAGAAACAACGCACAUGGUUGCUUCUAUCGUACAAUGUAAAUCAACUCAUUACGAAGAACAAUCAGAAACGCAAAGGUUCGAUCAAGAAUACAAAGAUGAUAGUAGUAAACUUGAUGUCAAUUCUCAAGGUGUACUAGACAGUGCUUUGGAUAUUCAAGAAGAAAAAAUAGAAGAGGAUAAAUCAUUGAACAAGGAAAAAGAAAAAAGCGAAAAUGAAUCUGUCCCAUCUGAAGUUCCUGCUAUAGAAACGAUUAAAGAUAUAGUACAACCUGAGGUUGAACAAUUGGAACAGUUAUUGAUCAAUAUUAUGGAAUCAGAAUUUAAUAAUUCUACAAGCAAGGAGAAUGAUGUACAGCAGCAACAGGAAGAAGAAAAAAAGGAAAAUUCGUCGAUUCACACAGAUGAAGAAAUAAUAACUGCUAAUAUAAUAGAUGUUACUCAGAGUUCUGAAAAUAAUAAUGAUAUUGAUGAAUGUCAAAUAGAUAUGGAAAUAACAGAGGAACCAAAAAUAUGUGUAGAAGAAAAAUCUGACAAAAAUUAUAUUUUAUAUCAUUACAAGGAGAGUUUGUCUGCUCCACCUUCUCCAGCAGUACGAAAGAAAUCAACUAGAACGUAUUCGGUACGUUCUGAAUAUGGAUCAAAUGAAUUUCUCAGUGUUUAUCCUGCUGGAUUUGAUGCUACCACGUUGCAAGAUGAAGAAGAGGAAGAGGAAGAAGAGAAAAAUGUGACAGAAGAUAAUUUUGACGAAGCAGAUAUGGAAAUAGAAGCAAUACCUAGUCCUCAUACACCUUUCAUGAAAUAUGGCGAAAGUUCAGAUGUUGUUAGAUCUCAUACUCCAUUGUCUGCCAUUAGUGGUAUAUCAGUACUAAGAGUUAGAAAAGAUUUAAGUAAACCAUGUUCUCCUGCAUCUGUACAUUCAUUUUGUCAUAUGGAUGCAGAUAGUUUGAGUCACGAUCAGGAAAGUAACGAUUUAGGUGAAAUUACAAUAGAAAAGGAUCCUAUUAGUUGUCCUCAGAUCGAAGAAGAAGUUAAAGUAGAUAAAUACGAAGAGAACGUAUGUGAAAAUGUAGAAAAGAAAGGAGAUAAUUCUAAUCACGUUUAUCAUCAUUCUGUAAUAACAGAACAUGUUAGCCUAUUUCCACCAAUUCAUUCACAACAACCUGUUUUAAUACAAGAUUCUUAUUCGUUACCUAAUAACAAAAAUCAUAGCCUUUUAAAUUUAUCAGAAUCUAUUAAUCCAACUACAAGCACCGAAUCAAAGAAUUAUUCUAACAAAUCAAUUAUGCAAAAACAUUCAAUGGAACUUCUUAAUAUUAAUGAAGAUGCUCAUGCUGGUCCAAUGAACGUAUUUGAGUUUGAUGGACUUCAAAUUUUAGUUCCUAGUACAUUUAUAAGUGAAUCAUCACAAAAAGCUGUUAGUGCAACGAGCCAGCAAUCAAUGGCCAGUAGCGAAGGAGGUGCAGGUAUCGAUGAGGAAGUCAAAAGUGUUAAUAUGCGAGCUGACGAGACUAUGCCACCCAGAGGUGAAUUAUCAGAACAAGAAAGUAAUGGUUGUACAGAACAAUCAGCUUGGCAGGUUUAUAUGGGUCAAGAAUCUUCAAGAAUGUCAACUUCUUAUGAUCUAAUGGCAAGAGAAAGUUGGGAAGAAUCUGAAGGAUCGGACAAUGAAAUUAGUGGUCCAUUGUUAGAUAGUCGAUCUUUAGCAACACAUUUUACUUCUAGUUUAUUCUUAGAUCGUGAUAGGAAGACGCCUACCAAAAGGACAUUUAAGUGUUCACAUUGCCCCGAGGUAUUUGACUGUCCUAAAGAACGUAGAGUACAUAGUACAAUGGUGCACAAAGAAUCUGGACCUAGCGGUAGUAGAGAUGCAAUGGAAGCACCAGAAGUUAAAGAUAUUAAAUUAUUAGACGGUCGUAUGAAUGUGUUUGAUGAUAUUUUUGUACCAGGGUUACACGUGCAACAAAUAUAUCAUCAACAACCGUUAUUACAUCAACUUCAACCGCCUCAACCAGAUUUAACAAAAAUAGAGACAGAUCAGAAAGGUGAAAACUUGACGAUUCCUUCUACGGUAGAAGUAACAUGUGCAUUAUGCAAUCAACGAUUUAGUAGUGAAAAAGCUUUACAAUUACAUCAUAAGAGAAUGCAUAUAGUUGAAGUAUCCAAACGUAUUCGUGAACAGGCUAAAUGCGUAAUAUGCAACGAAGAAUUUCCAUCGGUUGUAUUGUUUAAUGCUCAUUUAAAAAUACAUCCGUUAGAAUGCGGACAAUGCGGCAAAUACUUUUAUAGAAAACAGAAUUAUAAGUUACACAUGAAACGACAUUUAGGAAUCAAGCCGUUCCCUUGUUCGCUAUGUGAUAAGGCAUUUUUAACUAAACAAAAAUUAGAUGAACAUACCAAUGGACAUACAGGUAAUGCCCCUGUUAAAUGUAAUUUGUGUAAUGAAACAUUUCGUAGAUAUUCCAAUUUAACACAGCACAAGAAUAGACAUCAUCUUAAUAUUAAAAAAAAAUUAAAAGACUACAUAUGUCAAUGUGGUGAGAUAUUCCAUACGAAGAAAAAAUUAGCUUGGCAUAAAGAGACGCACGAUGAGAAACCUAAAGCAUGCACAUACUGUAAUGAAAGAUUUAUACAUAUGGCUAGUUUAACUCGUCACAUGCGUCGUGCUCACAAUAGGAGAUUUGUUCCUGAUGCUCAAAGAGAAAAUGAAAACGUCGAGUGUCCAAUAUGUAAAUGUAUUUAUUUGAGAUCAUCCUUAGCUGUUCACAUGCGUGUCCAUAAUGGUGAAAAACCGUACGAAUGUCAGGUAUGUUCCAAGGCUUUUAGUACCAAAUGGAAUUUACAAUUGCACAAGUGGACUCAUGCAGCUCGUAGCACUAAACCAUUCAAGUGCAACCAGUGUAGCGCUGCAUUUUAUCGACACAGUGAUUAUACAGCUCAUAUGAAUUCUCAUCGAAACGUACGUCCAUAUACGUGUAAUUACUGUGGAGCUCAGUUCAUUAGAAAAUAUAAUUGUUUAAGACACGUCAAAGAACAUGAGGAAAACAAGGCAUACACGUGUGACGUUUGCAAUAAAACUUUCCAUAGGUCAUAUUAUCUAAAAGAACAUUUAAGAGUGCAUUCAGGAGCAAGACCUUACACGUGUCACAUUUGUGGUAAAUCAAGUGGUACGAAGUCUAAUCACAAUAAACACGUAAGAAUUCAUCAUGCCCGAGAACCUGUAAAUACUGAAAACUAAUGAAUCUUAGAUUUUCAUUAAGUAUUAUAACGGUAUCAACUAGUCUGUGACGCUGGAUCUAUUUUAAUCGGAUUCAAUUAUUGAUUAGAACAAUUACAAAUUGUUUCAAUGAAAAAAAAAAAAAAAGACAAAAA